AUGGUGAACUCCGCUGAGAAACUUUUUGGCAAGAAGGUUUUGGUUGUCGGGGGCAGCUCUGGAAUUGGUUACGGGGCAGCAAGUAUUAUUCUUGACUAUGGCGCUAUUGUUACAAUAGUAUCUUCAUCGGAGGAGAAGAUUCAGUCAGCAAAAAAGCGACUAGGCAGCGAUGAGGUCCGAGGGGCUGUAGGAGAUGUUCGAGAGGAAGCUGCUUUCACCAAUCUUUUACAAUAUUUGGGGCCCUUUGACCAUGUCAUAUUCUGCGGUGUGGAUAAAAUCAUCAGGGGAGAUAUCGUCGACGCAAAUCUCGAUGAUGCCAAGCAUCUCUUUGGGGUGAAGUUCUGGGGCGCUGUGGUAGUGGGCAAAGCGGCUGCAAAGUUCGACAUAAUCAACCGCGGUGGUUCUCUCACUCUCACCUCUGGGGCAGCAGCAUUAAAACCAGGAAAAGGUGCUGCGAUUGGCGGGGCACUCAACGGUGCAGUGGUAUCGCUCACGCAGGGAUUAGCAAGUGAACUAGCUCAUAAAGGGAUACGGGUUAAUACUGUUGUUCCUGGACUG